AUGCUUAGACCCAAAUAAGCCUUCAAGUUAAAUGGAAAUAAAACCCCAUAAGAACAAUUAAAUAGGAAGUAGAAUAGUUUAAGUCUGCGUGAUUAGAGGUAAGAUUUUUGAUUGAAUUUUCAAAGCAAUUAUUCGUUGAGUGCGACGAAAAAUAAAACCAAUAUUUCUACCACCAUAAAUUCUAUUAAUAGAACAAAAAACUCCUUCUAUGUUGACCCAAAAAGGGAAAAGUUAUAAACCCAUACAAUAGAGUUAUAAAAAACUACGGAUCUUGAUUUUAGUAACAAGUUCAGGUCAACAUUUCAAGAAAGUGGCAGAAGAUAUAGAAAACUAGUAAGAGUUGCUAUGUUAUAUUAAGAAUACAACUUAUAGAGAAAAACAUGAAAGGCCUAUAUACCAUAGUAAAUCAUUAAUAUGUGGAUAAAGAGAAAUAGAGAAUAAUGACUAAUUAAUAAAAGAGUAUGAAUGUUUAUAAUUAGGAACUUAAAUGUAAUACAACAAGGUUUGAUUAAAGAGCCACAUGUUCCAAUAAUUAAUGCGAAUGAAGAUCUAACAAAAGCAAAGGAGUAAGUCGAUACUAUGAAUAAAAAUUUGGAACCAGAAACUUUCGAAGUAGAUGAAUGGGAUUAUUAGAUAGAUUUUGAAAAAUUAAAACUUGAUGCACUUAGUUUGGAUGAAUUAAGAUCUUUAGUCUAAGAAUUUGAAAAGGAGGAAUACGAAAGAAAUUAUUUGUAGAUGGAUAAAAUUUUAUUGAAGAAUAAAUUUUUUGAAAGAUUUGGCUAAGGAAUCAGAAUUGGAAUUAUGGAAAAAGCUUCUAUUGAAAUUCAUGAUGUUGGGAACGUCAUUUUACAAUUAGGAGCUAACAGCAAUAAUCUUUAUGUUAUUCUCAGAGGUUCGUGUUAAUAGACAUUGACUAUGGAUAUACAGUUGGAAGAAUAUGAAUAUUUGACUGUCUAAUCUUAUUUUGAUGGGUAAGAUUUAUCAGAAAUCAAUUUAUUGUAAUUAAACAAUAACAGAGGAUAUUCUGUAAAUAAAUUUAUAGACAUGGUAGAAGAAAUCAAAGAACAUCCGAAAUUUAAAGGUAUUAUCUUUAAAAAUUAAUUAAGAUAUUUUAAAAAAUGAAAGAACCAAAUUGAUUACCAGUCACAUCUCUUGUUCAGAAAAAACUUAUCUAUUGAGAAUGGACAAUGAUUAAUUCUAAAAGAUUUUAAAAUAAUCCAUAGAAAAAGAUAAGGAGUUUAAAUUGAGCAUUCUAUCAUAAAUCAGAUUCUUUUAACAUACUUCAACUUCUCAAUUAUUGCAUUUAGUGGCAGAAUUAGGAAUUCAAAAUUACUUUUAGGGAGAUAGUGUUGUGAGAAAGGGAGAUAAAUUAAAUAGGGUGAUAAUAAUUGCUUAAGGCGAAUUUGAAAUCGUAGAAGAAAUCUAACUAGAGAGAGAAACAAGAAACUAUUAUUUGGAGAACAAAUUAAAACCCUUUGUCCAUAAGAAACACAUAGAUAGGAAUACAAGGCCAUUCAUUCCUAGGGACUAGGCUGAUUAAUCUUUUGAUUAAUAUUUUGAUUAAUUGAAAGAUUCAAAAAAGGAUUAAUAAAAAGAUUAAUAAAAAGAUUAAUUUUUAAAUUAAAAUAAAUAACAAGUUAUAAGAAAUUCAAAAUGCUAUUAAUAUUGUAAUAAGUAAAUUAAUGGCAAAAACGAAAUUACUUAUACUCAUUUGCAUGUUUUGAAAACAUUGAAGAAAUGUGAUGUGAUUUGUGGUAGAUCAUUAUUAAUCUUAUAUGAUAAUGAGUAUGACUAAAAAUAGGCAAGCAGUGCAAAGUAAUCAAUAUAUUAGAUAUCUAUAUAGACUAACUGUAGUUGCCAAGAGUGUAUAGGGUAGUGUAUUCUUUUUGGAUGAAAAAAGAUACUAAAAUCUCCCAGAAAGUUUAUAAAACCAAAUUUUAGCAGGAUUAAGGUCUAUGAAAGAAUUUGAUGAUUAUGAGAUAGAACACAUAAGAAAACAAAUAAAGUCUUGGGAGAUAUACAAGUAGAAUUUAUACUAACAAAAUAUAUUGGAUAAACGUAAAAAUUCGUUUAAAUAAUACUGA